AUGACUCUAGGGGCUGCAAAAUCAUCCUGCAAACCGUGGUGGAACGUUGUUCCUGCUAUGCUGCUUGGAGCUCGCUCGUUUAAACCCAGCACAGGCAAGCCCGAGUUCUCCCGCAACAUCAUGAACAUCAUCGACAUCGUGGCCAUCAUCCCCUACUUCAUCACCCUGGGCACCGAGCUGGCCCAGCAGCAGCAGCAGAAGCAACAAUCUGGGGGCAGCAGCAACAACGGGGGCCAGCAGCAAGCCAUGUCCCUGGCCAUCCUCAGGGUCAUCCGUCUGGUCAGAGUCUUCAGGAUCUUCAAGCUCUCCAGGCACUCCAAGGGGCUUCAGAUCUUAGGGAAGACUCUCCAGGCCAGCAUGAGGGAGCUGGGCCUCCUCAUCUUCUUCCUCUUCAUCGGGGUGAUCCUCUUCUCCAGCGCUGUCUACUUUGCAGAGACUGAUGACCCUGACUCCCUGUUCACCAGCAUCCCUGAUGCUUUUUGGUGGGCAGUGGUGUCCAUGACCACCGUGGGCUACGGGGACAUGUAUCCCAUGACCAUUGGUGGCAAGAUUGUGGGCUCCUUGUGUGCCAUUGCAGGUGUGCUCACCAUCGCCCUCCCCGUCCCUGUCAUUGUGUCCAACUUCAACUACUUCUACCACCGAGAGACUGAUCAUGAGGAGCAGUGCCAGUACACCCACGUCACCUGUGGCCAGCAACAGUCACCCUUCUUUGAGCCUAAGAAGGGGGACAGUAACCAGUCUCUCAGCAAAUCUGAAUUCCUGGAAGCAGAAGACCUGGAGUCCAUGAAAUACUCCAACUUCAUUCCUCCCAGUAACCAGGGUUUUAAAGAGAAGAAGAUGCUGACAGAGGUGUGAUCAGUUAUGUUCUCCUGGGUCCAGACAUGGAGCUGCGAGCUGCUCUACAGCAGCCUUCCUACAAGCAGCUGGAUCUAUUCAGCAUUUACAUGCCAGACUGUGAAUUGUGAUACCGUAAACAGAAUGAUUGUGAUAAUGGGCUCUUCUGUCCUGAUUUGCUGUUUCUCAUUACUGUGUGCGGCCAGAAAUGUUCUUGCUUUAUUCCGUGGAGUGCUAGCUGUCACCCCCACUCCCCUGGGAAUUCCUUUCUCUGCUUUUGAAGACUGCUUUUAACCCAACAUUUGCUCUGAAACCAAGCAUCGUUACUCCACUGGCAGAGAAGCCCUUGCCACUACUUCGGCUGAAGGAUUCAGCAGAGUGAACAGUUAAAGGGGCCGCAAACAAACAUCUGGCUCAAGCUGUGCCCUUGGUUCCUGUGCCGGCGCGGUGCCCUUGGCUGUGGGAUCGGUCACGCCUGCCAUGCCAUUGCCUUUGAAUAAUGGAAACGCUGCAGCCAGGAGCACAGCGAGCUCUGCAGCUGUAGGGGAGGGUCAGCAAGCAGAUGCCUGCCUUCUUUGCAACCCUUGGCAUGCUGAAGAUCCUCUUUUUGGUUUGUGUUUCAAGAAAAAAAAAAAAGGUGCAUAGAUCUGAAGGCUCUUUUGCUGCUCGUCACCGUAUAUACCAUGUAUCAAAAACAGGCUUGUGGCAGUCAACAGUAUUGGUGAUGAUUCUCUGUAUUUUGAGCUUAUCUCAGCCUUAUUUAUGCCAGUGCCCUGAUGUUAAUUGGCCUUUAUAGUACCAACUUAAUCUUCAUAGUGGUAAGUGCCUUCUGAUGCAAGGCGCAUUUGAGUAAAUUCAUUUGUUAUCUCCACACAAUAGCAUUUAAUAAGAUGUACUUUGUGCCUCAGAUACCCAGCUCUGUAUUUGGGCAUGUGAGAGCAGUUGACUCCACUGCUUUUUUUACAUUGAGCAUUCGUAUAGCUGAGGGAAGUUUGCAUGGUAGUAUUUUGUUGACAAGGCUGAAAAAUUCUGACCACAGGCAGCUGCACCUGUGCUGUGGGAGGAUCUCGAAGGUUUAAUGACUCACAGGCAUAAAUUGCUU